AUGUUAGCAACAACAGCACCAAACUCGUUAGUCAUGAACCCAACUUCAAUGUUAGUAGAAAUGAAAAGCUUCAUUCCUUCUUCAUAUACUUUCGAAACAGAAAUCCAGAAGAUAAAGCAAGAACUUCUCCAAGGAGAUUUAGACUGUAGUGCAAAAGAUGAAACAAAUGAAGAAUAUCUUUAUGAAAUGCAGGAUAUUAUUGACCAUCUACCUAAACUUCCUGAAAUCCAACAACAAAAACUCACUAUUCCUGAAUUCGACGAAAUAGAAGUCAAAGCAACUGACUCAGUAGAAAUAAAGAAGUUCAUACGAAAGGUAAACUAUGAGUUUCUUGGAUUUCAUUGCAACCACAAAGUCAUGGACAAAGAUUGCGAUAUGGUAUAUAAGAACAUCUCUGACAUAUACAAAUCUGAAGAAUUUAAGACCUACGACAACUUUGUUUCGUUAGUUGCAAAAUGUGUAUGGCAGAUAAGAGAUAAAGAUAGAAGAGGUAAGAUAUGGAAUGAACAGAUAAAACCCGCAACUUUUGAGUUAAAGAAAACCAUUGACGCCUUAGUCAUACUAGCAGGUAAGGUUUCAGAAUAUAACGCAAAAAUGAACCCGCAAUGUUCUAAAUGUAAAGCAGC